AUGGAAGAGAACCAGCCCGGGGAGCCCGUGGACCUCCGGUGUGCCGAGCAGGCUGAGCUGCUCUCAUUAAUAAUAAGCGGAGAGGAGGAAGCGACGCAAGAGGAGAGUGACCUGGGAGAAGAGGACGGUCUUGCCAAUGGCCAUGGUGGAGGUGAGGAGGAGGAAUCGGGGGCUGGUAUGGUCACACCUGUCACAUCUCCAGGCACCACCUACUGGAGCAUCACAGAGGGCCCUGACCACCCACUCCUCCUUUCCCCAGUCCCUGGGCCCUCUGGACGAAAACCCAGGGUCCAGAGAGCCUCGCGUCCAGGCCUCAGCCGGAUCCCGGGUCGGGACCACCGCCGCUACUACCACGAGUACUGGCGCAGCGAGUACCUGAUGGACUUUGACCCCCAGCGGCACGGGAUGAUCUGCAUGGUGUGCGGCAGCUCGCUGGCCACGCUGAAGCUCAGCACCAUAAAGAGGCACAUCAGACAGAAGCACCCAGACUCCCUGCUGUGGAGCGCCGCCGACAAGGAGGUGAUCCGCUCGGGCUGGGAGAACCACCUGAGCCUGGGGGGAGGUCAUAGGUCGUACAGCUCUGCUGCUGGACCUUCACCUCAGGAGGAAGAGGAGCAGCUGGACUCAGGCCAACAUGCUGCUGCAGAACCCCUUGACUCUGUGACACCCCAAGAGCAGCCACAACAGCCCCUCAGUCUGUCGCCCCAGUCUGAGGAGGUCGAGGCCCCGCAGCCUCAGGAGGAGGAGGAGGAGGAGGGGCAGGAUCUCCCUGGACCGUCAGCUCGGACCCUGGAGCGCUACCUGAACGACUCGCUGCACGCCUGGUUCCGCCAGGAGUUCCUGAUGGAGUACGAGGCGGAGGCGGGCCGGCUGCUGUGCAUGGUGUGUGGAGGAGAACUGCCCUCACUUCACCUGGACCACAUCAAGAGCCACGUGCUGGACACCCACCCAAACUCCUUGGUCUACAGCUCCGAGGAGAAGCACUGCAUCCUGCAGGCCUGGGCUCAGACUCAUGAAGAGUCAGAAAACUCAAUCAAAUCAGAGCCCAGCACCAAAGAUGGCGGGGUGGACCUCUUUGCUCAGGAUGUGGAGGCCAUCCAGAUCAACACGGACUUGUACCCAGAAGGCGAUGGCACUUUAACUCAGGACACUCGUCUUAUUGGUGAGGACGGUGGCGUCGGAGCUCCGCAGCAGGGACCCCAGCCCCUCCGCCAGCCGAAGAAGCGGCGGCUGCGCGGGGGCGACCCGUGGCGGCUCCGCCUCGACUACCUGGUGGCCUACGGGCCUCAGGGCCAGGACACGUUCUGCAUGGUGUGCUCUCAGGUCCUGCACGAAACCAAGGUCAGCAGCUUCCGCCGCCACAUCCAGGAAUGUCACCCUGACACCACGACCCUGAGCCGGCAGGAAAGAGAAGCCAUGGCUGCUGCCUGGACCAAAGAUUAUUCUGGAGGAGGGAUGCAGGGUCAAGAUGAGGCGACCACAGGAGAGACGAAUGAGGAUGCCUCCCAUGAUGUCAUGACGCCCAGUAAAAUGGUGAAGAGGGAGGAGGGUGUGAGCGGGCGGAAGGGUAAAGCACGGGAUAGCGCCACCACAGCAACAGCCACGGCCACGGCCACGCCCUCUCGUCACGGCCAUUACCCCGGGAAGGACCAGAGGAGAAACUACCAGGUGCGCUGGCGGAUGGAGUACCUGAUGGACUACGACUGCAGGAGGCACGGGCUGAUCUGCAUCGUGUGCGGAGCCACUCUGGCCACGCUGAAGGUCAGCACCAUCAAGAGGCACAUCCAGCAGGUGCACCCCCACUCCCUGGACUACAGCCCGGAGGAGAAGCAGCAGGCCUUGCUGAGCUACAACCAGACCGCCUUGCACUUCAUCCACUCUGACGACUGCUUCUCCUCCCAGGACCACGGACACACAGAGUUGGCUCCCAGUCCAGCACAGUUUGGCACUUAGAAAGGGCUUCAGUCCUCACGUGGCCCGUGUUCAGAGACAGCCCUCCACUUUCUCUCUUAAAGGGAAAUUCAGAUCAAACAUGGUCUUACUCUCCUCUUCCUGCUCCUCCCCCUCUUUGACUUCCUUAAUCUCU